AUGUGCGCAAAGGUUCCAUGGAGAGAAAGCAGUUCAAGGAGUAUUGGGGUAUUUGCCCAAUUUUUUUUUGAGGAAGCAGAAGAGACGAGAUGGUUGACGGGUAACGGCGAGGAGAUCAUGAUCUACGAUCCAGCAAAUGUGGCGGAUACUACGAAGAGAUACACAACGGCUGACGCCCUCGAAAUCCCCAAAGGUUUCGUUGUCGAAGUUAUUUGGGCAUGGGUGAAGAUGGAGAAGACCAAGUAG